CAAUUUUUAUCAUGACUCACGAUGCAAAAAAUAAAAAUAUUUUUAUUUUAUUAGAAAAUUUAUUAGCAAGUUCAUUAGCAAAAGUAGAUAUCUAUUUUAUUAUUAUUAAGUGAAAAUUGGGUUGAUGUUAUGCUGAUAUUAUUUCUUGGUUUAUUGAUCAUAGGAGUUUUAAAUGCAGUAAAGAUAACAUCAUUGUAUGGAGGCGAUAAAAGUAAAUUUAUUUGCCCAAGUUUAUAUGUAAAUUUUAACUCUACUCAACAAAAUGAUUCAAGUGUAGUUAUCCUUAUAACAAAUUCAUACAAUCAUACUUUUCCAAAAAUAAACUGUUUAAUGAUCACAAAGUUUAAUGGAGUAUGUAAUGUUAGUAAUCUAUAUUUUAACAAUGGCGAAUUGGUUCAUAUAUCUGUCCAUGAACUCUCUGGAAAUGGUACAGUUUUAAAAAAAGACAGCAUUUUUUGGCAGGUUGAUUUCACAAUGAUUUUUGGUCCGUUCACUAAUAUUUUAAAAGAUGUUCGCGGGAAAAAGGAAAUUUAUAUUUCUUAUGAUACAUUAACUGAAGAUUGCUAUAAAGUUGAAAAAGUAGAACAAAUUGAACUUGAGCAAUGUUUACAUGACCAGAAAUGGAUUUGUUCUCAAUCUUUUAAUCCUGAGUGGCUGUACUAUGGAUGCGAGAAGGAAAACAAUGUGAGCAUAUAUCAAACUUGCUAUAUUAAGUUAUCAACUCUUGAAGAAAAUUAUCUGUACAGAUUUCGAUUACGAUAUUCAAUUGGCUACAACAAUGUAUUUUCAACUUGGUCAGAUUAUCUUUACCAUAAUACAAAUAGCGCAGUUCCAAGAAUUCCACCUGCCCUAAAAUGUUCUCAUGAUGAAAAAGAUAAUAAUGCCAUCAAAAUAAGUUGGUCUAAACCAACAAAUGACGAAUUAUCAGAGAAUUACACACACUUUUUGGUAAACAUAAUGGAUUUAGAUGUUGAAAUAAAAGAAGAAAGAGUUCUUGUAACAUCAAAAUUAUCUUACGAAAUCUAUGAUGAGAAUAGUUCUAGACGAAAAUAUAAAAUUAAUAUAUGUACUAGUAAAGGUUGUUCAAAAUCAGCUGAAUACCAAUGCUUCUUCAACAGUUCAACUUCAAUAUUGAUAGUUGUCAUGAUUGUAAUAUCGAUUCUGGGUGUCAUCAUUGUUAUUGCUUUUGUAGUGUGGUACAGAAGAAGGAACAUCACAGAUAAUAAUCCAGAAAAAAUUGAUAUCGUUUGUCCCAGAUUUCCUGAAAAAAUAGCUCCAUACAGUGAGUUCCAUGCAAAUAACCUAGAAUCAGUUUCAUGAGUAGUUUUACAUUGUUUUUAAUAUACAUGUAAAAUAUGAAGAUACAAAUAUUUUGUAAAAAAUAACAAAAACAGACAAUUAUUAUUUGCAAGUUGUUUA